CUCGCUUUACAGAUGAGGAAAACGCUCCACAGAGGGACAGGAAUGGUCCCAAGGCCAACUGCCUCCCACAAUCCACGCAGGGGUCCGUAGUGACGGAAGAUGGACCCACAUGUGGAGAUUCAGCUGUCCUCUGACUUCCAGCCAUGACCAUCACUACCAACCACCAUUUCUUGAGUUCCUGCUCUGUGCUGGGCACUGUUCUGGACACUGAGGGGGGAUUCAAAAGAGAUAAAGCACAGUUCUAUCCCUCAAGCAACUUGUAAUUUAAUUUGGGAGCGGAAACCCACUCAAAUGAUGUGGCGUAAGAAUGGUAACAAGCGUUAUUUCACUAGAAUGGGCACUAGGAAAAAAGUUCAUGCAUUUGUCCGUGUCAAACCCACCGAUGACUUUGCUCACGAAAUGAUCAAAUAUGGAGAUGACAAUAAAAGCAUUGAUAUUCACUUAAAAAAGGAUCUUCAGAGAGGAGUUGUCAAUAACAAGCAGACAGACUGGUCGUUCAAGCUGGAUGGAGUUCUCCACAAUGCCUCCCAGGACUUGGUUUAUGAGACAGUUGCAAAGGACGUGGUUGCUCAAGCCCUCAAUGGAUACAAUGGUACCAUCAUGUGUUACGGGCAGACAGGAGCCGGCAAGACAUACACCAUGACAGGGGCAACUGAGAAUUACAAGCACCGGGGGAUCCUUCCUCGUGCCCUACAGCAGGUUUUUAGGAUGAUCGCAGAACGCCCCACACAUGCCGUCACUGUGCGUGUUUCCUACCUGGAAAUCUACAACGAGAGUCUCUUUGAUCUCCUGUCCACUCUGCCCUAUGUCGGACCGUCAGUCACACCAAUGACCAUUGUGGAAAACCCUCAAGGGGUCUUCGUUAAGGGCUUGUCAGUCCACCUUACAAGUCAGGAGGAGGAUGCCUUCAGCCUCCUUUUUGAGGGAGAGACCAAUAGGAUUAUCGCCUCCCACACAAUGAACAAAAACUCAUCCCGGUCACACUGCAUUUUCACCAUCUACGUGGAGGCCCAUUCACGGACUUUAUCAGACGAAAAGUACAUCACUUCCAAAAUUAACUUGGUGGAUCUAGCGGGCUCGGAAAGGCUGGGGAAGUCUGGGUCAGAGGGCCGUGUGCUGAAGGAAGCCACCUACAUCAACAAGUCGCUGUCAUUCCUAGAGCAGGCCAUCAUUGCCCUCGGGGAUCAGAAGCGGGACCACAUCCCCUUCCGGCAGUGCAAGCUCACCCACGCCCUGAAGGACUCAUUAGGGGGAAAUUGCAAUAUGGUCCUCUUGACGAACAUCUAUGGAGAAGCUGCCCAGUUAGAAGAGACGCUUUCUUCCCUGCGGUUUGCCAGCCGGAUGAAGCUGGUCACCACAGAGCCUGCCAUCAACGAAAAGUAUGAUGCUGAGCGAAUGGUCAAGAACCUGGAGAAGGAGCUGGUGCUGCUCAAGCAGGAGCUGGCCAUCCAUGACAGCCUGGCCAACCGUACCCUUGUGAACUAUGAUCCCAUGGAUGAAAUCCAGAUUGCUGAGAUCAACUCCCAGGUGCGGAGGUACCUGGAGGGGACGCUGGACGAGAUCGACACACACCCUCAGCCCUUUGCUGCCUUGCUGCCUUCCCUCCAGAUCAUCAACCUCAGACAGAUCCAGGAGGUGUUCAACCAGUUCCGGGUGGUGCUGAGCCAACAGGAACAGGAAGUGGAGGCCACUUUGCGCAGGAAAUACACCCUCAUAGACAAGAAUGACUUUGCCGCCAUCUCUGCAGUCCAGAAGGCAGGGCUUGUGGACGUUGAUGGCCACCUAGUGGGUGAGCCUGAUGGACAAGGCUUCGGACUCGGGGUCACCCCUUACUCUACCAAACCUGGGAAGAAAUCCAAGUCCAAGAAGAUGUUCAAAGAACAGCUCGGCUCUUUAGCAAGAAAGGAAGGUGCCGGCAGCCCUGUGAGUGGCAAGGAUUUGGAGGUCUCUACCUCCAAGACCCAGCUGACCCCAUCCUCCAAGGAGGGGGAUGUCAAAGAGCUGCCUCUGCGGGACCGGGAGACCUCCAGCAUUGAGCCUCUUCCCUCAGACUCCCCGAAGGAGGAAUCACGCCCACCCAGGCCCAGUACCCCACCCCCCAAACCUGUGGCCUUUGAGGACUUUAAGAACGAGCGGGGCAGUGAGAUCAACCGCAUCUUCAAAGAGAACAAAUCCAUCUUGAACGAGCGGAGGAAAAGGGCCAGUGAGACCACGCAGCGCAUCAAUGCCAUCAAGCGGGAGAUGGACAUGACCGAGGGGGCACUAAAUUUUCAGCGGUCGCUCCGGGAGAAGCAAGGCGAGUACGAGAACAAGGGGCUGAUGAUCAUUGACGAGGAGGAAUUCCUGCUGAUCCUGAAGCUCAAAGACCUCAAGAAGCAGUACCGGGCUGAGUAUCAGGACCUGCGUGACCUCAGGGCUGAGGUCCAGUACUGCCAGCACUUGGUGGAUCAGUGUCGCCACCGCCUGCUCACGGAAUUUGAUAUCUGGUACAACGAGUCCUUCUUCAUCCCCGAGGACAUGCAAGUGUCACUGAAGCCAGCUAGUGGCAUCCGGCCAGGCAUGGUGCCUAUCAGCAGGCUCGUGGCUCUGGGAGAAGAUGACCAGGACAAGUUCAGCCAGCUGCAGCAGAUGAUGCUGCCGGAGGGCCCUGACUCCAUCUCCUUCUACAAUGCCAAAGUCAAGACAGAACAGAAGCGCAAUUACUUGAAAACCAUGAUGGGCCUCCAGCAGGGACACAGGAAAUAGAGACUGCUCGCCAAUACUUUAAAGGACAGGACUCCCAGGAGCCCCCGGCUGCUCCGUGUGGGCUGCUAAACCACCUGCCCGGAGCUCCAGACGCUCUGCUCCGAGGCUGGGGCCCAGCGCAGAGAACUCACGAGGGCUUGCCUGCCUCCCAACGCGAACAUCCUUCACAGGACACCCUUGCUCACCUUCACAGACACUUUUGGUUUCAGUUCACUGCCUUAUACGCAGGGACAGGAUAAACUAACUUUCUAGUCUGGACUUUUGGUGCUCA